AUGCCAUCUAAACCAGCAAAGCAUGGACAGGUUAAUAUGGUGAGUUUGUUCCUGCCUCAGAUCGUUGAUUCAAGUGAAGAUGAGAAAACACGUCGUGAAAUGCACAGCACGACGUGGAAAGCUCUUGACGAAGCUGCCGCUGAGGGGCAUGUGAGCGUGUUGCAUUAUGUGGUGGACUAUGCAACUGAAUGCGGGUACAUCGAGUUGUAUACUGUCAGCGGUAAAGAUGACGCUUUGGCGCUUGUAAUUGCAGGUGUGGCGCCAUAUCUACUAGGAGUUCACAAUAUUCAGUGGGACUUGGAAAGUGCCUAUGAAAAGGCUAUAGAUGGCCAACAACCAAAAUUGGCAAACCGGAUUCCUGACGCUCAGCACGGAUGA